GUCAUGUGGUAAAAGGAAGAGUAAAUUUUGGAUGACAUCACAAAUUUCUAGAUCGCAAAGCCCAUUUUUCUACACGCCAAUAAAGUCGUUGCAUCCACCGGAUAUUUAGGAAGGAACGCCGAAGUGGUGGUCCUCUCCUCACUCCUCGUAGUGGCUUCCAGUUCCAGUAGUGUCGGUGACAUUUCAUUACCGAACUCCAAAAAUCCAACCACAAGCAUGACGAAUAUUAGUUGAUUCCACCCCAAAUUAAGUCAAAGAAAAAGAAGACUGUGUAUCAUCAUCAGAUCCGUAUUUCGUAUAAUCGACUCCAGUGGGUGGUGCGUAUUUUGGAAAGCGAUUCCGUGUGACAAAACACGGGAUCUCUCUCUCUUUCUGACUUCUUCUUCUUUCUCAUUUCUACUUCUUCUUCGAUCUCUAAUUCCGGAGGUCGUCUUGCCGGUGGUAGUUAUGGAUUCGCGUAGAAGAAGACCUGGAGAACUGAAUGUGUUAUGCUAUGCUUUCCUCUUUCUCUUGAUUUCAGUUCCUGUUUUUGCUCAGGAGACAGAAGUGGAAGAAUCGAAUAAGGAAUUGCCAAAGGGAUCUGUUAAAGACUUAGGUCGCCGUAGUAAAAUAGUAUUAGACCCACUUGAUAAUGUAAACAACAACAACAACAAGAAUGAUAUCAAUGAUGUGCUUGGGGAUGUUGGAGUUGGUGAAUUUGCGGGAUCUGAUGGUCUUGGAGUCUUUGAUGCUUUCUUUGCCAGUUUGUCUAUGAUCCUAGUUAGCGAGAUUGGAGAUGAAACGUUUAUUAUAGCAGCACUAAUGGCUAUGCGCCAUCCAAAGUCGAUUGUUCUGUCUGGUGCACUUUCUGCAUUGUUCGUGAUGACGGUGCUUUCUACUGGACUUGGUCGGAUAGUGCCAAAUCUGAUAUCGAGGAAGCACACUAACAGUGCAGCUACAGUUCUCUAUGCAUUUUUUGGGUUACGUCUUCUUUACAUUGCUUGGAGAUCAGAAAAGGCAAAUCAGAAGAAGGAAAUAGAAGAAGUAGAAGAGAAGUUGGAAGGGGGGCAAGGAAAAUCAACUUUUCGCCGAUUUUUAUCAAGAUUUCUAACUCCAAUCUUCUUAGAGUCUUUUAUUCUGACAUUUCUAGCUGAAUGGGGUGAUCGCAGUCAGAUUGCUACAAUCGCUCUAGCGACUCAUAAAAACGCAGUUGGGGUAGCUGUUGGAGCAUGUAUAGGUCACACAAUCUGCACAUCAAUAGCUGUAGUUGGAGGAAGCAUGUUGGCUUCGAAGAUCUCACAAGGAACAGUUGCAAUGGUUGGCGGCCUACUCUUCCUCGGCUUCUCUUUGUCAUCUUAUUUCUAUCCCCCAAUGUAAUUUCAACUCAAUACUGAACUGAUUUAUUGCAAAUGAUGCAAUCAAUACCCAUAAUCUUUCUUUUUCUUUUUUACGAAAACUUUAUAUGUAGCAGUUAGCUUACCAUUUUUAUUUAUGGUUGUCUUAGCAUAUGUACUUUCACUUUGUUUCUUAUGCUUGUAUCACAGUGAAGAAGUUAAAGUUUUUGCUCGACUCA